AUGGGUCAAACUAAGUUGAUAGCGGCAGGCAAAGUGGACGAAAAAGCAACGCAGUUGCACGCAAUAGCGUCGCUGAAGGUGUUACUAGAAGCCACUCGGCCGACGGCGGGGGGAGCGGGAGCGACAUCCGCGAGGCACUCGGCCGCUGCCGCCACGCAGGCAAAGGAGACACCGUUGGAUCUUCCCAAUGGGGGGUUAGCGGACGUUCAAUUAGAUGCUAUAGAAGAGAUAGGAGACCUGGAAGAGGACAUGACACCACUGGAUAUGUCGUGGCCGACAGGCUUCCGAAAGCGACUGACAUAUCUGUUAGUUGCGCCCAUAGUCUUCCCACUCUGGAUCACCCUCCCGGAUACUAGGACGCCGAGAGGGAAAAAAUACUUCCCCGUAACGUUUGUGGGGUCGAUAAUAUGGAUAGCUUUCUUCUCCUACCUCAUGGCAUGGUGGGCGAAUGUCGCAGGAGCGACGGCACGUGUGCCUCCUGAAGUAAUGGGGCUGACGCUCCUGGCUGCGGGGACAUCGGUCCCUGAUCUGAUCACGUCGGUGAUCGUCGCGAGAAAGGGAUUCGGAGACAUGGCCGUCUCCAGUUCCGUCGGUAGCAAUAUUUUUGAUGUUACUGUUGGGUUACCACUUCCUUGGCUCCUGUACGGAAUUAUUUACGGCGAGCCUGUACAAGUUAACUCCAAGGGGAUGGUUUGCAGCAUCGUACUGCUAUUCGCCAUGCUUAUCUUCGUCAUAAUCAGUAUAGCCUGCUUUAGGUGGAAAAUGAACAAAGGCCUGGGCUUCACCAUGUUCCUUCUGUACUUUGUUUUUGUCGCCGUCAGUCUGGGCCUUGAGUACGAGUACCUGCAUUGUACUAGCGACUAAAAUUUUACUAUGAACGAAAGUA